UUAGCUCUGAGCUGGGCCGCAGACGCUGGGAGCCCGGCGCCCCGGCUAGAAUCUAUUAACACCUCCGUCCCCUUCAGCCCCGCCCCGCCCCCGCCCCCGCCCCGCCCCCUUCAGUGGACCCUUAUUCCCAGCCUCGUGUGCAUUUGCUAAUUGUUCGAGACUUAUGUGUAAAGAGAUAAGACUGAGAAGAGCGAGGUCCGCUGUGGGUUCCAAGCAGAUUUUGGGGCCUUCUGUCUUGUGGGAGAAAGGCCGCAGAAGAGCACUCUGCUUGUCACUUGAGAAGGGGACGUACUUUCCGACACAGUAAGCUGUGGAGACUGAGGCUAUGCAUCUCAGCAGCUCCAAGAGUGGAGUAGCGCUGGCUCCAGUGUCCGGAGGUCCUGAUGCCUGUCAGAUGAUAACCAGAGGCCAGUUUGGCCAGGAUCCACCACAAAGAACAGUACUAGGAAUGCUAACUGAGAAUGGGCAGUACAGGAGGACCUGUGGCCAGGGGCUCACCACACUCAGGUGUUUGUCUGGCUCAGAAAAUGUCUUCCCUCCAGCUGGAAAGAAAGCGUUGUCUGACAGCAGGGUCCAGGCACCUGCCAAGCAAGGAUUUGACAUCUACAUGGAUGAGCCUGAGCAGGGGACCAGAGAUAGCUGCCCAGGGCGAAAGGGGAUGGCAUUAGAGGAUGCGUAUGAAGUAGACACCAGUGGACUCAAGUCAGACCUUCACUUCCUGUUGGAUUUUAACACAGUUUCCCCUAUGCUGGUAGAUUCAUCUCUCCACUCCCAGUCUGAAGAUGCAUCAGAUUUUGGUACAGAUGUGAUAAAUGUGACUGAAUAUGCUGAGGAAAUUCAUCAGUACCUUAGAGAAGCUGAAAAAAGACACAGGCCCAAGGCACACUACAUGAGGAAACAGCCAGACAUCACAGAAAGCAUGCGGACCAUUCUGGUGGACUGGCUGGUUGAGGUUGGAGAAGAAUACAAGCUCCGGGCAGAGACCCUCUACCUGGCUGUCAACUUCCUGGACAGGUUUCUUUCCUGCAUGUCUGUUCUUAGAGGGAAACUGCAGCUUGUAGGAACAGCAGCUAUUCUCCUGGCUUCGAAAUAUGAAGAAAUAUAUCCGCCCGAGGUAGACGAGUUUGUCUACAUAACUGAUGACACCUACACAAAACGACAGCUGCUGAAAAUGGAACACCUGCUCCUGAAGGUCCUGGCGUUUGAUCUGACAGUGCCAACCACCAACCAGUUCCUCCUCCAGUACUUGAGGAGGCAAGGAGUGUGCAUCAGGACUGAGAACCUGGCCAAGUACGUAGCAGAACUGAGUCUCCUUGAAGCUGACCCGUUCUUGAAAUACCUUCCUUCACUGAUAGCUGCAGCUGCUUAUUGCCUGGCAAACUAUACUGUAAACAGGCACUUCUGGCCAGAAACCCUCGCCACAUUUACAGGCUAUUCAUUAAGUGAAAUCGUGCCUUGCCUGAGUGAGCUACAUAAAACUUGCCUCAGUAUACCCCAUCGACCUCAGCAAGCAAUCAGGGAGAAGUACAAGGCUUCAAAGUACAUGCACGUGUCUCUCAUGGAGCCGCCCACGGUCCUUCCUCUGCAAUGAGUUUCAAAACAGAAGCGCCUUCAGGAUUUAACCUCCUGAUCAACAGACUUGGUCGUGAUUUUUACAGGUUUUCUGCAGGUUGCGUCAAACUAGUGUUGCUGCGAUAUAGGUGACAUACUUUUUAGAAUGUAAGUGUAUUUAGGUUCUCUUAGACAUAGUAGCUUGUAAUAUAGUCUAGUACUUUCUAAAGAAUAAACCUGCCUUCUGACCAUG